AGCCCAUUUGCGGGCCGCAACCAGCAGGAGAGUAUACUGGUGGUCUUGCAUACAUUCAUAUACUGGCAACACGUGUUCCCAGACACCCCCUUUGGUCCAAUUCACUACUACACGAGUACCUACUUGCUUUCCUAUAUAACUCCAUCGAUUUUCACGGACCCAGAAAGAAAAAUCUUGACCCAAAUCGAGAGCUGUAAAUCUUGAAAUUGCAAAAAUGCUAGCCCGGAAGGCGCCGGAGUGGCUUCCACCUGGGUAUACUGAGAAAAUUAAAGUCAAGAACGGAAGAAAAAUUAAGUACUACUGCAACGUGGCAACGGGUAAAGAGUUUUAUUCGAAGAAAGAUGUCAUAAGUUGUGCGGAAACAGAAGAAAUUUUCCAUGGUACUCCUCAACGAAGAAGUAAUGAAGACAAGAAGUUCCCAAAUGACAAGAUUGAUUUGCUUUCGCAGACAUCAGUUGAAGAAAAUGAGUCUACUGAUUGGUUACCCAACGGAUGGGUAAUGGAGGAAAGACAGAGAAAGGGCAGUUCUAGCAAGGCAUCAACUUAUAAGGUAUAUAUAAAUCCUGCAGAUGAAAGAAAAUUCUACUCAAAGAGAGCGGUGGUUCGAUAUCUUAAAACCAUGGAGCAGAGUAGCACCAUAGCAGAACAAGUUAAACAUGACUGUAUAGGCGAAUCGUCUUUGAUUCCAGAUUUGUCUCAACAAUGCAAAGCGAUCACAGGCCCUGGUUGUACUCCCAAUGAGAAUAAAGAGGGCAACGACGAGCACUCAUUGAAUAUGGUUGCCAUUCAGAGCACAUCAGUUGAUGGGCUACCCCCAGGCUGGACAAAAGAAAUCAAGAUGGGUAGAUCUGGGAGUAGGACGAGAAAGUAUUACACCGACCCAGUUAGUGGAUAUAUAUUUUAUUCUAAAACAGAUGUUUUCCGCUAUCUGGAAACUAAUGACAUUGGUAGUUGCGCUGUAAGACCAAAGAAAAGGAUGGUGAAUGAUCAAGAGCUGAUCAAGAAUGAAAUCCCUCAUGACAAUGUGGACGAAUCACCUUUAAAGCAAGAUGUGUCUGAACACAAUGAAUUGAUGACAAAGUCAUGUUGCACUUCCAAAGAUAAUAAAGUGGGCGACAAGAAGCAAUCAUUGGAUAUGGUUGCCAUUCACAUCACAUCGGAAGAUGGGCUACCACCAGGCUGGACAAAAGAAAUCAAGAGAAGAAAAUCCGGAAGAAGGAUGAAAGUAUAUCCGCUUUACACAGACCCAGUCAGUGGAUAUAAAUUUCGCUCUAAAUUAGAUGCUUUACGCUAUCUGGAAACUAAUGACAUCCGUAGCUGCCGCACGAGACCAAUAAAAAAGCAGGUGGAUGAUCAAGAAUUGAUCAAGAAUGAUAUCCCUGCUAGUUUUGAUAACAUCAGUAAUUGUACCGUACGGUCCUUUCAGCAUGACAAUGUGCAUGAAUCCGCUUCGAACCAGGAUGUCUUUCAAGAGAGCAAAUUGAUGGUGACCUCAUCUUGUACUCCCAAAAGGGAUAAAAUACACAAAGUUAAGCGAUCUUCAAAGAAGGUUACCAUUCAGAGCACAUCAGCGGAUGAGCUACCACCAGGCUGGAUAAAAGAGAUCAAGACAAGUGUAUCUGGGAGUAAGAUGAGAAAGGACCCGUAUUACACAGACCCAGUUAGCGGAUAUGUCUUUCGUUCUAAAAAAGAUGUCUUGCGCUAUCUGGAAACUAACAACAUUGCUAGCUGCCUUACCAGACCAAAGAAAAGGGAGUUGGAUAAUCUGUUGACGCAUGAAAUCCCUGUGAGUAAAAAGCAUGAAAAUGUGGAUGAAUCCUCUCUGAAGCAAGAUGCAUCUGAAGAAUGCAAACUGCUGAUGAGCUCAGGUUGCACUAUUGAAGAGAAUGAGGGGGGAAACAACGAGUACUCAUUGAAGAUGGUUGCUACUCAGAGCCCAUCAGCAGAUGAGCUACCAGCAGGCUGGAAAGCAGAAAUCAAGACAGGCAAAUUUGGGAAAGUCAGGAAGAUAUUUAUUAAUCCGUUGAGUGGAAGCAAAUUCUAUUCAAAGCCAGCAGUAGCCCGAUAUCUCAAAAGCAUCGAAAACAGUAGCACCACAUCAGAACAAAAUAAAUCUUCGUCUCCAGUUGAUGAGAAGUUAUCAGAGAACCUCGAAACCAAGAGACAGCUUUUUGUUGAUGGCAAAGAAAGUUUAGAUACAGAAAAAUUAGCUGCAUCAGAGGCCAAAAUCUUGGAAGAAAAUCCAGGAAAUAAUUCAUCUAAUAAUGCCAUUCUUACAUGUGAAAAUAAACUAAAGUGUGCUGCUACGGACAAUGGGCUCAGACCAACUAAUGAAGGCUCUGAAAAGGAAGUGACAGUGAUGGUCGACGAUGUAGCUAUCGACUCUCAUGCAACUUCUCUCUUGACUGAACAAAAGCUUCCAGAAAGUGGGGUGGAAAAACAGAGUUGUAAAACUCAGUCGUGCUCGAGAAUAUCAAAGAAAAGCUUUUCCCAAGACUUGCCACGUCGGACUUCAAAAAGGCUUGCAGGAUGUAAACCUGACAUGCCUCCUAACACAAUUUUGAAUGAAAGUGUUGAGGACAAAAAUCCUACUGAUACUGAAGCUAUUAAGUCAUCCAAUUUUUCUUCAAAUAUAGUUGCCGAUGGAGUUCUUCAGCCUUCUGCUAUUGAGCCAGUAAAAGAGGUUGCAGAUCAUGCUUCUGUAGGCGAUGAAAUUCUUAAAGAAAUAGAGCCAUCAAACAAAACCGAAAAGCUUCUUACAGGACAGGCCUUUCCAGAAGAUCAAAAACACGGGAAGGCCAUUGAGAAUCAAGAAAAUGAUAAUUCGAGAUCACAGGAUUCACAGCUCUUCUAUCCAUUUUCGGAGUCUUGGUCGGAUCCAUGCUUAGAAUUCGCGUUCAAGACACUUACAGGUGAAAUACCACUUGAUGAUAAUCUGGGAUUUUUGGGCUUCCAGCAGCAAGUUGACAUUCCCUACAAUCAGACAAAUGGAUGCUCAUUACCCCCUGAUGUACCCACAAAUUUCCAGAAUGAAGUUACGCCCCUCCCAUCAUCAUUUCAGCAAGUCGACAUUCCUUACAAUCAGACAAACCGAUUCUUAGGUUCACCUGUUGUAUCCACCAUUUUCCAGAAUGAAGUUCCACCCCUUCCAUCACAAUUUCAGCAACACGGGGCUGUUGUGCAAUCGCUGCCUAAUCCAUUAUUACCGUCCCCAGGAAAUUCUAGCUUCUCAUCUUCCAGUGGCAUAAAUCUUCUACUACCUAGUAAAGGGGCUCGUAAUAAGGAUUUCCAAACAAGAUAAAUUCGUUAAAUGCCCCUUACAAGCUCUUAGUGCGAACAUCUGGUUUGUUUGUGUAAGAUGUAGUCGUUUAUGAACAUUUGCAUCUUAAAUGCAUUUCUUCGACUAGUCGUUUUGUGCUUAUAGAUGCUGCUUUGGAGUCUUUAAAUAGUAUUUUUAACAUCUAGUCACUCCCCUGGUUUAUGGGAUUAGUAGACAAAAAUUCCAGAAUUUCUCUUUUCCUAUCUUUUGUUGCAAACAGAUGUACUAUGGGUGUUAACCUUUUGGGAUGUCUAGUUGUAUAAUCAAUUAGUACCUGUUUUUAUUUGUAAAAUGAAUGUGUUUUGAUGAA